GGAGGCUGGGAGUGUCGCGGGGAGGCGAUGCCUCAGCUCCAGAGCAGCGCGCCUUUCUCCUCCAAGUAGCGGGAUCCAGAGGAGGAGGAAGAGAAAAAGAAGAGAGAGAAGAGAAGCGAGAGAACUAGAGAAGUGCUUCCUUCCCGAGUAGCAGCAGCCUCAGCCCCGCAGCCUCGAUGGGAGCCCCGGGCCCUGAGUGGGGAGUUCUCCUCAUCCUCGCCGCUUGCCUCCUCUGCCCAGUCCAGGGCCAAGGGUGUGAAAGUGGGCAAUUUCGUUGUGGAAAUGGCCGGUGUAUCCCAGCAGAAUGGAGAUGUGAUGGAGCCAGGGACUGUUCAGACGACACUGAUGAAGCUGGCUGCCCCCGUCCCACAUGUGGAGGAAGUCAAUUUCAGUGCCUCAGUGAUGGAGAAUGCAUCCCUCGGUCAUGGGUAUGUGAUGAUGAAGAAGACUGUGAAGACGGCUCUGAUGAACACCAACAAUGCCCUGGUCGGACAUGUUCCAGUCAACAGUUUACCUGUACAAAUGGGCAGUGUAUCCCAGGCACAUACAGGUGUGAUCGAGUAAAAGAUUGCAUGGAUGAAACAGAUGAAAGAGGCUGCCAGUACCCAACAUGUGACCAGUUAUCCUGUUCUAAUGGAGCCUGUUUUAAUGCAAGCCAGCACUGCGAUGGCAAAUUAGAUUGCAGAGAUGCCUCCGAUGAAGCCAACUGUACUCGUGGAUGCUCCAAUGCCCAAUUUCAGUGUGGAAAUGGAGAAUGCAUUCCUCGUGCCUUUCUUUGUGACCAUGAUGAUGACUGUGGUGAUAGGAGCGAUGAAAACUCUUGCACUUAUGCAACUUGCAAAGGGAAUUUUUACACUUGCCCAAGUGGUCGUUGUAUUCAUCAAAGCUGGAUUUGUGAUGGAGAUGAUGACUGUGAAGAUAAUGCCGAUGAAAUAGGAUGCGAGAGUGGCCAUCGAGAUUGUUACCCUGGAGAAUGGGCAUGUCCAACAUCAGGUCAAUGCAUUCCAAUUGGUAAAGUUUGUGAUGGGACUCCAGACUGCCCUGCUGGAGAAGAUGAAACAAACAUAACAGCAGGCAGGCUCUGCAACAUAUCCCGCUGUGCAGCUUUGAGCUGUCAAUACCGGUGUCACUCUUCCCCAUCUGGAGGAACAUGCUUUUGUCCUGCAGGAUUUGUAAUCAGCAGUAAUGAUAGUCGUACCUGCGUUGACUUUGAUGAUUGCAAAAUGUGGGGCGUUUGUGACCAAGUGUGUGAAGAUCGUGUUGGCCACCAUCAAUGUCGCUGUGUGGAAGGUUACGUCUUAGAGCAUCACCGUCAUUGCCGAGCAAAUACCUCAUCUGGAGUUGCCUCUGUCAUUUUUUCCAAUGGCCGUGAUUUGCUGGUGGGAGACCUUCAUGGAAGGGGUUUUCGAACUCUGGUCCAAAGCCGGAAUCGUGGAGUAGCUGUCGGAGUGGACUUCCAUUUUCAGCUGCGUAGGAUAUUUUGGACUGAUACUGUGCAAGAUAAGGUUUUUUCAGUCAGAAUUGAUGGCACAGAUAUCCAUGAGGUUUUAAACGUUUCUGUUGACACACCUGAGAACCUAGCUGUGGAUUGGAUUAACAACAAACUGUACAUAGUAGAGACCAGUGUCAAUAGAAUUGACAUGGUGAAUCUGGAUGGAACUAAUCGCGUAACUCUUAUUGCUGAGAGUUUGGGAAACCCCAGAGGAAUAGCUGUUGAUCCUACCAUUGGUUAUUUAUUUUUCUCAGAUUGGGAUAGUCUCUCUGGUGAUCCGAAAGUGGAAAGAGCCUUCAUGGAUGGAACAAACCGACUAGACCUGGUUAAAACAAAAUUAGGCUGGCCUGCUGGGAUAACUUUGGAUAUUGUAUCCAAAAGGCUUUACUGGGUGGAUAGUCGAUUUGAUUACAUCGAAACAGUAACUUAUGACGGAUUACAGAGGAGAACAAUAGCUCAUGGAGGUUCAUUGAUUCCUCAUCCGUAUGGAAUAAGCCUUUUUGAACAUAAUUUAUAUUUUACUGACUGGACAAAAAUGGCACUGAUGAAGGCAAAUAAAUUUGCAGAUUCUAACCCACAAGUGAUUUAUCAGUCUUCUUUACGUCCAUAUGGGGUGACAAUUUAUCAUGCUCUCCGACAGCCAUAUGUAAGAAAUCCUUGUAGUGGGAAUAAUGGAGGAUGUGAUCAGAUCUGUGUUCUCAGUCACAGAACAGAUAAUGAUGGUCUUGGCUAUCGUUGUAAAUGUAUGCUGGGCUUUGACUUGCACGCAGAUGGGCGGCGUUGUGUUGCUGUGCAACAAUUUCUACUCUUCUCAUCCCAGCUGGCUGUGCGUGGCAUCCCAUUCAAUCUUUCAACCCAGGAAGAUGUGAUCAUCCCUGUAACUGGGAGCCCUUCUUACUUUGUUGGGAUUGAUUUCUAUGCCCAGGAAGAUACCAUCUUCUAUUCAGAUACCACCAAGGACAUAAUUUAUAAACAAAAAACAGAUGGAACAGGUAAGGAAAUCCUUGCAGCGAACAGAGUGGAAGGUGUUGAAGACCUGUGUUUUGAUUGGAUUUCAAAAAAUAUUUACUGGACUGACCCUCGAUAUAGAAGCAUUAGUGUCAUGAGACUGGCUGAUAAAUCAAGGCGAGCCAUCGUCCAGAAUUUGAACAAUCCUCGAUCAAUAGUAGUUCAUCCAGUUAUUGGAUACAUAUUUUGGACAGACUGGUAUCGCCCUGCUAAGAUCAUGAGAGCUUGGAGUGAUGGAUCCCAUGCCAUGCCAAUUGUGAACACCACACUCGGGUGGCCUAAUGGCUUAGCUAUUGAUUGGAGUUCUUUAAGGCUUUACUGGGUGGAUGCCUUCUUUGAUAAAAUUGAACACAGUACAUUUGAUGGGUUAGACAGGAGGACUCUUGAACGCAUUUCUCAGAUGACACAUCCAUUUGGACUCACAAUAUUUGGAGGUUAUGCAUAUUUUACUGACUGGAGGCUUGGUGGAAUUGUUCGAGUUCGAAAGACUGAUGGAGGAGAAAUGACUAUUAUUAGGAGAGGAAUCAAUAAUAUCAUGCACGUGAAAGCAUAUAAUGCUCAUUUUCAAACAGGCAACAACUACUGCAACAGAGCAACAAAUCCCAAUGGAGACUGCAGUCACUUCUGCUUCCCAGUCCCUAAUUUCCAGAGGGUUUGUGGCUGUCCCUAUGGGAUGAAGCUAAGUUCUAAUCAGCUGACCUGUGUUGAAGAUCCAUCCAAUGAGCCUCCCACUUUGCAAUGUGGUGCAUAUUCCUUUUCCUGUGGCAAUGGGAGGUGUGUACCCAGGUUCUAUCAGUGCGAUGGAGUAGACGAUUGCCAUGAUAACAGUGAUGAACAAAACUGUGGAUCCCUGAACACUUCUUGUGCCACGUCAGCUUUUACCUGUCGAAAUGGCCAGUGCAUUCCCAGACGGUGGCGGUGUGAUAAACAUAAUGACUGUCUGGAUAACAGUGAUGAACUUCAUUGCCCCACGCAGGGCCCCACGUCAUGCCCUGCAACCUUGUUCACCUGUGACAACGGCAAGUGCAUUCCCAGAAUCUGGAUGUGUGAUACGGACAAUGACUGCGGCGAUGGGUCAGAUGAAAAAAACUGCACUUUCACAGAAACGUGUGAACCUGGUCAAUUCCAGUGUCCUGAUCACAGGUGCAUUGAUCCAUUUUAUGUCUGUGAUGGUGACAAGGAUUGUAUUGAUGGAGCAGAUGAACAUGAUUGCAUCUACAACUGUAGUUCCACUGAAUUUAAAUGUGCAAGUGGAGACCAGUGUAUCAGUAAUUACUACCAGUGUGAUGGUGUCUUUGACUGCAAUGAUCACUCAGAUGAGGUUAAUUGCCCUACAAGGCCACCCGGGAUGUGUCACCAAAAUGAAUUCCAGUGUCAGUCUGAUGGCAACUGCAUCCCAGCUAACUGGGAAUGUGAUGGACACCCUGACUGUGUGGAUGGCUCUGAUGAGCAUCACAGAUGUCCACCCAGGACCUGCCCUCCCACUCUUUUUCGUUGUGACAACGGGAACUGCAUCUAUCGCGCUUGGGUCUGCGAUGGAGACAAUGACUGCAGGGAUAUGAGCGACGAGAGUGACUGCCCUACUCCUCCUUUCCGAUGCCCGAGCUGGCAAUGGCAGUGCCCAGGCCACAGCAUGUGUGUCAAUCUGAGCAAAGUAUGUGACAAUCUUUCAGACUGCCCUAAUGGAGCUGAUGAGUCCCCACUUUGCAACCAGGAGACCUGUUCUGAUAACAAUGCAGGCUGCACCCAUGAAUGCAUUCAAGGGCCAUUUGGAGCCCAGUGUUCUUGUCCUUUUGGAUACCAGCUGGCCAAUGACUCUAAAACCUGUGAAGAUAUUAAUGAAUGUGAUCCUCCAGGAUUUUGCAGCCAGCACUGCCAUAAUGAAAGAGGAUCUUUCAGGUGUUAUUGUGAUGAAGGCUAUGUCUUGGAACCAAAUGGGAAAACUUGCAAAGUAGCCGAGCCUGGGUAUCUCCUCUUAUUGGUAGCAAGUCGUAACCAAAUUGUUGCCGACAACAUAACUUCUCAUGCACAACGGAUUUAUUCUUUGGUUCGAGAUGGAAGGAACAUUGUUGCUAUUGAUUUUGAUUCAGUGACUGAGAGAAUCUUUUGGUCUGAUAUCACCCAGGAUAAGAUCUGGAGUGCGUACCAGAAUGGGACAGACAGAAAAGUAGUGUUUGACAGUGGUGUUACAGUAACGGAAAGCAUAGCAGUGGACUGGAUAGGACGCAAUCUUUACUGGACAGACUAUGUUCUUGAGACAAUUGAGGUCUCCAGACUCGAUGGAACCCACAGAACUGUGUUGAUCAGUGAAAAUGUUACAAAUCCACGGGGACUAGUGUUAGAUCCCAGGACGGAUGCUCAUGUGAUGUUCUGGACAGACUGGGGCCGAAAUCCUCGAAUUGAAAGAGCAAGCAUGGAUGGCACAUUGCGGACCACAAUUGUCAGUAGCAAGAUCUAUUGGCCUAAUGGACUGUCCAUUGACUACCCCAACAAACUCCUGUACUUUGCAGAUGCUUAUCUCGACUAUAUUGACUUCUGUGAUUACAAUGGAAACAAUAGGCGACAAGUCGUGGCAAGUGACUUGGUAUUGCGACAUCCUCAUGCCCUUACACUCUUUGAAGAUUUUGUAUACUGGACUGACCGUUAUACACACCGAGUAAUUAGAGCCAACAAGUGGAAUGGAAGAAAUCAAACAGUUCUGAUUUAUAAUGUUAACCAACCUCUGGGCAUUACUGCAAUUCACCCAGUGAAACAACCAGCUGGUGAUAACUUCUGUGCUCAGUCAGCGUGUAGCCACCUGUGUUUGCUUUCUUCGUCAGGACCACGGUUUUAUUCUUGUGCUUGCCCUUCUGGAUGGAUUCUCUCCCCUGACCAUGUGAACUGCAUGAGAGUCGAAGAGCCAUUCCUUAUUGCUGUAAGAGAUAAUAUAAUCUAUGGUAUUUCUCUAAACCCGGAGGAGAAGACCAAUGAUGCCAUGGUUCCAAUAGCAGGAGUCCAGAAUGGAUAUGAUGCCGACUUUGAUGAUUCAGAACAGAUGGUCUACUGGGUUGAAAAUCCAGGUGAAAUUCAUAGAGUGAAAUCGGAUGGAACAAACCGGACAACUUUUGCCCCUGCUGCUGUUAUUGGUACUCCUGUGGGCUUAGCUGUAGACUGGAUUUCUGGAAACCUGUACUACAGUAAUCCGAAUACACAGUCCAUUGAGGUACUGAAACUCCGCAGUGAAGUCAUUUACCGAAAAACACUGAUUACCAAUGAUGGUACUUCUUCCGGCUCUGGAAAGCCCAUUGGUUUAACGGUUGAUCCGAUUAAUGGGAAGCUUUAUUGGACAGACCAAGGAACUGACAGUGGGGUCCCAGCAAAGAUUGCCAGUGCCAACAUGGAUGGCUCAGAUAUUAGAACCCUUUUUACUGGUAAUCUAGACCAUGUGGGGUUCAUCACCAUUGAUAUCAAGGAACAAAAGCUGUACUGGUCGGUCUCAAGCACUGGAGUGAUUGAACGAGGGAAUGUGGAUGGCACUAAUCGGAUGACGGUGGUCGUUCACCUCUCUCGUCCAUGGGGAGUGGCUGUUUAUGGGUCCUACCUCUACUACACUGACCGGGAUUAUGAGGUCAUUGAGCGGGUUGACAAGGCCACUGGAGCAAACAAAGUAGUUCUGAGAGACAACAUUUCAGGCUUGAAAUGUCUCCGAGUGUAUUACCGAGACAAUUCUGGUGGUACCUCAAAUGGCUGCAGCAACAAUGUGGGAGUCUGCCAGCAUCUGUGUCUGCCAGUUCCUGGUGGGCUUUUCUCUUGUGCCUGUGCUACUGGCUUUCGGUUAAAUCCUGAUAAUAGGACCUGCUCCCCAUACAGUUCCUUUGUUGUCGUAUCCAUGUUGUCCGCAAUUAAAGGAUUUAGCUUAGAAACGUCAGAUCACUCUGAAGCCAUGGUUCCAAUGGCAGGAAGAGGAAGAAAUGCACUCCAUGUGGAUGUCCAUAUGCCUUCUGGUUUCAUUUAUUGGUGUGACUUUACCAGCAGAGUUCCAUCCCAGAAUGCAAUACGCAAAAUCAAGCCAGAUGGCUCCUAUUUUAGAAAUGUCAUCACAAGUGGAAUAGGACUUAAUGGAAUCCGUGGCAUUGCUAUUGAUUGGGUAGCAGACAAUCUCUAUUUCACCAAUGCAUUUGUAGCAGAGACAUUUAUCGAAGUUCUGCGCUUAAAUACAACUUAUCGUCGUGUACUACUAAAAACCACUAUAGAUAUGCCAAGACAUAUUGUGGUAGAUCCCAAAAACAGAUAUCUCUUUUGGGCAGAUUAUGGACAAAACCCCAAAAUUGAACGGGCGCUUCUUGACUGCAGCAACAGGACUGUGCUGGUAUCUGAAGGCAUUGUUACGCCACGUGGUUUAGCAAUAGAUCACAGCACUGGAUAUGUUUAUUGGGUGGAUGAUUCUUUAGAUAUGAUCGCAAGAAUUUCACAUGACGGUGGGGAGCCUGAAAUUAUCCGCUAUGGCAGCCGAUACCCCACUCCUUAUGGCAUUACUAUAUUUGAAAACUCUAUGAUUUGGGUAGAUAGGAACUUGAAAAAAAUCUUCCAAGCCAGUAAAGAACCAGGAAAUACGGAACCGCCAACAGCCAUAAGAGACAACAUCAACUGGCUGAGAGAUGUUACCAUUUACAAUAACCAUUAUCAGUCACGGUCACCUUCUGAUGUCAAUUUCAACCCAUGUCUGGAGAACAAUGGAGGCUGUUCUCAUCUGUGUUUUGCAAUUCCUGAUCAACAAACACCCAGGUGUGGAUGUGCAUUUGGCGUGCUAGAAAACGAUGGCAAGAGGUGUUCCAUUUCAACAGAUAACUACCUAAUCUUUGCCUUGGAGAAUGCCCUUAGAAGCAUCCAUCUGGAUCCUGACGACCACAGCCCUCCAUUCCGUACAAUGACUGUAACAAGGACUGCUGUAGCUCUCGACUACGAUAGUGUGAACAACAUCAUUUAUUUCACUCAGAGUUCCCCAGCAGGCACAGGAAGAAUCAGUUAUAUCAGUAUCUAUUCUGGAACAGGCAAUCCUACUCUUGUGGCAUCAGAUUUGGGAACUCCAGACGGCAUUGCUUUUGAUUGGAUGAACCGGAGACUUUAUUACAGUGAUUAUCUGAAUCAGACUAUCAGUUCAAUGGCAGUGGAUGGCUCCAAUCGCUCUGUGGUGGCUCGUGUUCCACGGCCAAGGGCCAUAGUGUUAGAUCCUUGCCAAGGAUACAUGUAUUGGACUGAUUGGAGCACUAGUGCUAAGAUAGAACGAGCAACACUUGGAGGAAACUUCAGAACUGCCAUUAUAAGUACCAAUUUGGUGUGGCCAAACGGACUUACACUGGAUUAUGAGGAUCAACAGCUUUAUUGGGCCGAUGCAAGUUUACAGAAGAUUGAACGCAGCUCCAUUACAGGUGAAAAUCGUGAAGUUAUCAUUAGCACUGCCUUGUAUCCAUUUGCAAUGACACUAUUUGAUCAGCACAUUUAUUGGACAGACUGGAAUACCCGGAGUAUUUACUGUGCCAACAAAUAUGAUGGGUCAGAUCAAAUUGUUAUGAUCUCAAGCCUGCCAACCAGACCAAUGGAUAUUCAUGUUUGGUCCAAAAGCAAGCAACGCCAGUGUACCAAUCCUUGUAACCAGUUUAACGGUGGAUGUAGUCAUAUUUGUGUAUCAGGUCCAACUGGUGCAGAGUGCCAGUGCCCUUCUGAAGGACAUUGGUAUUUAGCCAAUAACAACAAACACUGUGUUAUGGACAAUGGCACCAGAUGUGCAGGAGGAUUCUUUACCUGUCUUAAUGGCCGGUGUAUCUCAGAGCGCUGGAAGUGUGACAAUGAUAAUGACUGUGGGGAUGACAGCGAUGAGCUUGAAAGUGUGUGUGCCUUUCAUACCUGUCAGCCAACAGCCUUCACCUGUGGCAAUGGGCGGUGUGUAUCCUAUGCUUAUCGCUGUGAUCACUACAAUGACUGUGGAGACAACAGUGAUGAGGUGGGCUGCUUGUUCCGAACUUGUGACUCCAACAGAGAAUUUACUUGCAAUAAUGGAAGGUGUAUAUCUCUUGAAUACGUCUGCAAUGGUGUAAACAACUGUUAUGAUAAUGGCACUUCAGAUGAGAGAAAUUGCCCUGAACGUACUUGUCAGUCUGGUUACACAAAAUGUCAAAGCACAAACAUAUGCAUUCCUCGGACUUAUCUCUGUGAUGGGGAUAAUGACUGUGGUGACAUGAGUGAUGAGAGCCCUACUCACUGUGUCUCACUGACCUGCACCAGUAGUGAGUUUCGCUGCUCAUCAGGACGUUGCAUACCUGCUCAUUGGUACUGUGACCAAGCAAUAGAUUGUGCUGACAGUUCAGAUGAGCCCUCCUCUUGUGUUCCUCCUGUCCGGAGCUGUUCAAGUGAUCAGUUCCGAUGUGAUGAUGGAAGAUGCAUCCCUGCAACAUGGAUCUGUGAUGGAGAUAAUGAUUGUGGUGACAUGAGUGAUGAGGACCAAAGACACAGUUGUGCCAAUCGCACCUGCUCAGCCUCUGAGUUCACAUGUGUGAACAAUGCACCCCCACUGAGAAGGUGUAUCCCUAGGGCUUGGGUCUGUGAUGGGGAUGCUGACUGCAGCGACGCUUAUGAUGAACAUCAAAACUGCACAAGAAGACCAUGCAUGGAUCAUGAAUUCACCUGCAGUAAUGGACUGUGUAUCCGCAACACUUACAGAUGUGACCGACGCAAUGAUUGUGGUGACAGCAGUGAUGAGAGAAGUUGCAUUUAUCAGCCAUGCCCACAGCACCAGUUUACCUGUCAAAAUGGCCGUUGUAUCUCAAAAGCCUAUAUCUGUGAUGGGGACAAUGAUUGUGGUGAUGAAUCAGAUGAGUUGGAGUACCUCUGUGUUACACCAGAAGUGACCUGUCCUCCCCAUCAUUUUAAGUGUGACAAUGGGAACUGCAUUGAGGUGGCCAAACUUUGUAACCGGGUAGAUGACUGUUUGGAUAACAGCGACGAGAAAGGAUGUGGCAUCAAUGAAUGCAAUGACUCUUCCAUCAGUGGCUGUGACCAUGUCUGUACAGACACCUUAACUAGUUUCUACUGUUCAUGUCAUCCUGGCUACAGACUCAUGUCCAAUAAAAGGUCUUGUGAUGAUGUUGAUGAAUGCAGUGAAACCCCGUCAGUGUGUAGCCAGAUCUGUGAGAAUAGUGUAGGCUCCUACAUUUGUAAGUGUGCCCCAGGCUACAUCCGGGAGCCAGAUGGGAAAAGCUGCCGUCAAAAUAGUAAUAUCUCACCGUAUCUGAUUUUUAGCAACCGUUACUAUCUGAGAAAUCUUACUACAGAUGGCCAGUCUUACUCUCUCAUUUUGCAAGGGCUCAGAAAUGUGGUUGCGCUGGACUUUGACAGAGUGGAGAAAAGGCUAUAUUGGAUUGAUGUGGGCAGGAAAGUCAUUGAAAGGAUGUUCUUCAAUGGGACUAGCAAGGAAACAAUAAUUAGUGAUGGCGUGCCCAGUGGAGAAGGAAUUGCAGUUGACUGGGUUGGCAGGAAACUAUACUGGGUAGAUGACUCUAAGGAUUGCCUCUAUGUUUCUGAGCUUGAUGGCCGGUUCCGGAAAAAAUUAAUUGAUUGGUGUUUGGAUCCCAAUAGUACUUUCUGUUUCCAAUAUCCUCGAGCUGUUGUUGUUCACCCCAAAUAUGGGCAAGUCUUCUGGACAGAUUGGGCUGAGCGAGCAUAUAUUGGACGUGUGGGAAUGGAUGGCAAGAACAAGACGGUGAUUAUCUCUGCCAAGUUAGAGUGGCCUAAUGGACUCACCAUAGAUUACACCAAUGACAAGCUCUACUGGGCAGAUGCCCAUCUGAACUACAUUGAGUACUCGAAUUUAGAUGGUCAGCACCGCCACACUGUGUAUGAUGGAACGUUGCCUCAUCCCUUUGCAAUUACAAUUUUUGAGGACACAAUCUACUGGACUGACUGGAAUACGAGAACAGUUGAAAAAGGAAAUAAGUACAAUGGAUCAGGAAGGACCGUUCUGGUGAACACCACUCACAGACCCUUUGAUAUCCAUGUCUAUCACCCUUACAGGCAGCCAGUGGUGAGGAACCCCUGUGGGACCAACAACGGUGGCUGUUCCCAUCUAUGUCUAAUAAAAAAUGGUGGUAAUGGUUAUUCCUGUGAAUGUCCAGAUAACUUUAUGGUGGUUCAGUUCGGUGAUUUAGCUCACUGCCUCCCAAUGUGUUCCAGCACCCAGUUCCUUUGUGCAGACAGUGAAAGAUGUAUUCCCAUCUGGUGGAAAUGUGAUGGACAAAGAGAUUGCCGUGAUGGUUCUGAUGAACCUUCCACCUGCCCACAUAGAUACUGUCCUGUUGGGCAGUUCCAGUGUAACGAUGGCAAUUGUACUAGCUCUCACUACUUGUGUAAUGGCCUGUCAGACUGCCCAGAUGGAGCAGAUGAAGAUCAUGUGCUUUGUGCCAACCACCAGUGUGAGUCUCACCAGUGGCAGUGUGACAACAAACGAUGCAUCCCAGAAGCCUGGCAGUGUGACCGAGAGGAUGAUUGUGGUGAUAACUCAGAUGAAGACAGUUCUCAUUGUGCCAGCAGAACCUGUCCUCCGGGACAAUUUAAAUGUGAUAAUGGCCGCUGCAUCCCCCAGUCCUGGAAAUGUGAUGUGGAUGAUGACUGUGGAGAUAACUCUGAUGAACCAGUUCAUGAAUGCAUGGGCCCUUCCUAUCGAUGUGAUAACCACACAGAAUUCAGCUGCAGAACUAAUUAUCGGUGUGUCCCGCUUUGGGCUGUGUGUAAUGGUCACAAUGAUUGCAGAGACAACAGUGAUGAACAAGGCUGCGAGACACGGACUUGUGAUCCUUUGGGCGAUUUCCGCUGUGAUAAUCACCGCUGUAUCCCACUGCGGUGGAAAUGUGAUGGAGAUAAUGACUGCGGAGAUGAGUCUGAUGAACAAAACUGCAGUCCUCGUGAGUGCACAGAAAGUGAAUAUCGGUGUGAUAAUCUGCGUUGCAUUCCUUCUCGGUGGAUAUGUGACCAUGACAAUGAUUGUGAAGAUAACUCAGAUGAACGGGACUGUGAGCUAAGGACCUGCCACCCAGGUUAUUUCCAGUGUGACAGUGGGCAUUGUGUUGCAGAAAGGUUUCGAUGUGAUGGAAGUGCAGACUGUCUGGAUUUCUCUGAUGAAGCAGCUUGUCCUACUCGCUAUCCCAAUGGUACUUAUUGUCCACGCACAAUGUUUGAAUGCAAGAACCAUGUCUGUAUUCAGCCAUAUUGGAAAUGUGAUGGAGAUGAUGAUUGUGGAGAUGGCUCAGAUGAAGAACUUCACUUCUGCUUGGAUAUUGCCUGUGAACCACCAUUUCGCUUUCGCUGUGGGAAUAAUCGCUGCAUCUACAGCCAUGAACUGUGCAACCAGAAAGAUGACUGUGGAGAUGGAAGUGAUGAGAAAGAAGAGCACUGUAGAGAACCUACUCCUAAGCCUUGCACUACUGAAGAAUUCAAGUGUGGCAAUGGAAACUGCAUCCCUCUGCAUUAUGUGUGCGAUAAUUAUGAUGACUGUGGAGACCACUUUGAUGAACUUGGAUGCAAUUCCGGGACGGGUAGAACAUGUGCUGAAAAUAUUUGUGAACACAACUGUACCAAUUUAACUGAAGGUGGCUUUAUAUGUACCUGUCGGCCUGGAUACCGUCCCAAUGACCUGAACAGAAACAAUUGUGAAGACAUUAAUGAGUGUGAUAUCUUCGGAACUUGCCCUCAGGUUUGUCAGAAUACCAAAGGAAGUUACGAAUGUUUCUGUGCCGAGGGGUUUAGAUCUGUUGGGGAUCAGCAGGGCAAGCAGUGUGCUGCCAAUGGAAACCCACCAAUCUUACUGCUGCCUGACAAUGUCCGUAUUCGAAGGUAUAAUAUGUCAUCUGAGCAAUACUCUGACUAUAUUGAAAAUGAGGAACACAUCCAAGCCAUAGACUAUCAUUGGGAUCCUGAGGGCAUAGGCCUCAGUGUCGUAUAUUACAGCAUCCUGGGACGUGGUUCAGAAUUUGGUUCAAUCAAACGUGCCUACAUCCCCACAUUUGAAAGUAGUGGAAAUAAUCCCGUGAAGGAGGUUGAUCUGAAUCUGAGAUAUCUGGUCAGUCCUGUUGGCUUAGCUGUGGACUGGGUUGGGAGGCACCUUUACUGGACCGAUGCUGGGACAAAUCGUGUGGAGGUGGCAAAGCUUGAUGGCAGAUACCGGAAGUGGCUCAUCUAUUCUCAGCUGGACCAACCAGCAGCUAUUGCAGUUAAUCCUAAACUUGGGCUAAUGUACUGGACUGACUGGGGACGGCAACCAAAGAUCGAAAGUGCUUGGAUGGACGGGCAGCAGAGGCAAAUACUGGUCUCUGAAGACCUUGGCUGGCCAACUGGCCUUUCUAUUGACUAUUUGAAUGGUGAUAGGAUUUACUGGAGUGACCAGAAGGAAAAUCUAGUGGAAUCAAUGAAAUUCGAUGGAGCAGACAGGAAGACAAUUUUGCAUGGAGUUAGCAGCCCCUACAGCCUAGAUGUCUUUGAAGGCCACCUGUAUUGGAUCUCAAAGGAAAGAGGGGAAGUCUGGAAAGAAGACAAAUUUGGAAAAGGAGAGAAAGUAAAAGUGCUGACCAUAAACCCUUGGCUUACUCAAGUCCGCAUCUAUCACCAACACCGAUGCAAUCAAUCAGUGUCCAAUCCAUGCAAAGAUGUUUGCAGCCACCUCUGCUUGUUGAGACCUGGAGGCUAUAGCUGUGCUUGCCCACAAGGGGCUCGCUUUGUAGAAGGAAGUACAACAGAAUGUGAUGCAGCUAUUGAAUCUCCCCCUACAAUGCCACCAGCCUGUAGGUGUAUGUAUGGAGGAACAUGCUAUUUUGAUGAAAGUGGACUUCCUAAAUGCAAGUGUGCAUAUGGCUAUAUGGGAAAUUACUGUGAAGCAGGACUGUCAAAGGGAGUGCCUCCUGCAACAACAGCAGUGGCAGUGUUGCUGACGGUCAUUCUGAUCAUUGUCAUUGGAGCUCUGGGUGUGGGAGGCUUUUUCAAUUACCGACGGACAGGCUCCCUCCUUCCUUCGCUUCCCAAACUUCCAAGUCUAAGCAGUCUUGUAAAAUCCACGGAAAAUGGCAACGGGGUGACAUUCCGAUCUGGAGCUGAUGUGACCAUGGACAUAAGCGUGUCUGGCUUUGGAGCUGAAACUGCUAUUGACAGAGCAAUGCAAAUGAAUGAAAACUUUGCUGUGGAGAGUGGGAAACAGCCAAUCACCUUUGAAAACCCUAUGUAUACAACAAAAGAUGGUGGAACUGGGGAUGUGAAUACAGCUCCUCCCACACAGGUAGCGGCUUCCAGCAGUGAAGGAAAUGAAAGUUUUGAGAAUCCAGUCUAUUCUACACCUCUAUCUGCUAGUGCCACACAGCCUCCUGCAAGUACAGAAAUUGCACAGGAGUCAAAGUGGAGCAUCUUUAAAAGAAAAUUGAAACAGAGUACUAACUUCGAAAAUCCUACCUACUCAGAGAUGGAAAAGGAGCAGCAAGGAGAAGCAGUGAGUGUCCCUCCUCCAUCUCCAUCACUGCCUCAGAAGAUUAUUCUCCGAAGAGAUCAGCCAUUAGCCUUUACAGCAACUGAGGAUUCAUUCAAAGACACCGCCAAUCUUGUCAAAGAAGACUCUGUUGUAUAACUAAUUCAAACUGGGAAUCUUUAGGCACAACCAUUUGCACAUAUAUUUUUAUAAACAGAAGGAAAAAAUGGUUCACAUCUCUUUAUAAAGAAAUAUAUUUAGCCUUUAGCUGGAGACACCUGUUGAAACCAUGCCUUGUUGUUGUUUUUACAAUGCCAAUGCCUAUUUUUAUGAGCAAUUAUCACUGUGUACUAUAUGUAUAUCUUUGCACUGACACUCUCUGAAAGUAAUGUUAUAAAUAUACUGUACAUUUGUAAAUUUCUGAAAGAUUAUCUGGUUCUUGGAUGUAUUAGUAUGACUAUUCUGAAAUUGUAUUGUUAGGAAUAUACCCUCUGUAUAAAUGAUUAUAUUGAAUAAUGUGGAGGGGAAUGUAGCGGCCAUCUACUGAGUUGCUAAGUCCUUUGGAAAGUAUAUUUAUAGGCAGCACUCUGCUAAGUGGGUACUGGUGCUUUGGUGCAUUUCUCCUCUCUGUUUUCUAUACAAGAAUAUGUGAAAAAUAGGUGCCUCUUUGUAUGAUUCUGCACAGAAUAUCCAUAACUCUUGUGGGGAACAGAGCAAAACAAAUGGCACAACAUGUUUUUCUUGUACAAAUAUUUUUCCUGUUGGAAACAGAAUGAUUCUUUCCCUCAAUCAUCCUGUUUUUCCCAAAGGGCCGGUUUUGAAAUGUCAUUGCUGCUGUCCUUGGAAAGAUACGAUGCUUUGCAUUUUCCCUGCUUUCGCCUUUUGAAAUCAUAGCAUGCCCCCAACCCAGUCAAUCAUCAGUGAGAUAUUUCUGUUCUCUGUAGCAGUCUUUACAAGUGUUUUGUUUAAUGUUAAAUCGAUAGUAUCCAGUGGCCCAAGAUACAUGGUUUCUGUGCCGCAGCAUGCAAAUGGUGCUGGUACACUUUCAAACAAGCCACCCUUCGCUCUUUAUUUUUCAUGUGAACAUUUUUGAUAUUUGCUGACUAUUUAUUUCCUGAGGUGGGCAAUAACAGAAAGGGAACCAUUUUUACUGAUACAGCCUUGUACUAUGCAUCUUGUUAGUUUUACUCAGGAUUAGCUGGUAAAAUAAGCAUUUUAACCCUCUAAGGAAAGUAUUGUGUGCCACUCCAGGAAUUUCUAGUUUUAAGCUUAUGUUUAGUGUUCCUGGCCUAGCUACUCACAUAACUCUGCUGUUGGGUGUUUUAUAUAAUUCAGCCUAAGGUGUGUAUGUAUGUAUGUGUGUAUGUGUAUAUAUACACAUACUUGAAUUCUCAAUGCUAAGUGCUAUCCUUCUUUUAAUAUGAGUUUGUUACCUUAUAAUUUGAUUAGGAAAAAAAACUUGGAACAUGAUGCUGCUGAAUAAAUUUGAUGUGUUUUAUCA